AUGUGUCUUAUGUUGAAGGGUUUAAACAGGUAUUAUCAGCCUGGAGUUUGGAGGCAGAAGUCUGAUGCUGAUGAGAGUCCUGAUAGUAGAAGAAAGCGUUCAAAAGAUCAGCCAGUAAUGAAACAGAUAAGACCAGUUGUAGUUUCUGUUGAAGUUCCAAGUGCUGGGAAACAUCAUGUUUUUACUGAUGCACCAAAACCAAUUCAGCGUCAAAGACAUCCAGUUCCAACUGCAACAGCUCGGGCUGUUGGACUGUCAUUAGGAAGUACAGAACUGACUGUUUAUGUCAGACCUCAACGGCAUCUUCGUCUUCAUGCAAGAGAGAUUCCCCAUACUUUCAAUUACAUUGAGACCGAGUCACAUGUUGUACAAGGCAGAGAACAGCCAGUUGCAUAUCGACCGAUCAGCAGUCCAGUCAUGUUAAACAAACAGACCAGCACGUCAGUAUCUCCUCAUCGAGUUACAGCUGUUGUUCCUAGUAAAUUCUCUCCAUUGCCUAUUAAAAAGAAACAGCCAGGUGUGUCUCAAUCUGUUUCAGUUCGAAAAAGAGCAUUGACUCUUCCUUCAAAGUUUCCAAGACCAACGAUAGCAAGACAGGAGAACAAAAUGCAAAACUUUUUUUCCCAACAACCUCUUCCAACACAUCAAACUAUUUAUCAGAUUCCUCCUCCUCGUAGUAGGAGUAUAGAAAGUGCUGUAGAACCCCCUAUGGUGGCGAAUGAAGUACAUACUCUUGCUUCAGAGGAAGAAGGUGAGGCAAGUUCUACAGUGAUAAUUGUACCGUCUCGACCGCCACUACCAGAGAAAUAUAUGUCAGAAUUGCCUGCUACAGAAACACUCACUGAUAGUCAUCGGCCAAAGUCUGAAAGCUGUGGUGAAGUAAGUGUUCAUGUUGGAGAUAAGGGUGGUGUGAAACCUAAGAAGCGACAUCCAACAAAAAUUACAAUUUAUGGAGAAAAGCAAGAAGAUCCCAAAGGUGAAUUUCCUGUUAUAACUCCAGUUGAAGUCUUGGAAGACGAACAGUCACCAGUUGAGGAGGUAGCAGCGGACUAUAUGAGUGAGUCUGAUGAAGAACCACCACCUGUGCCUGAACGACCAAGAGGAGAUUAUUCUGUAAAGAUCAACAUUGAUUCGAAUGUGCCAGAGAUGAUCCAUGAACCUGUUCCUCCACCACUCGUUGUAUCUAUUGUGCAUGCAGAAUGGGACUUGUUUGAAUUUCGUAGUCCUUCACCUGAAGGAUUGCACACACUACAAGUAGAGGCACUCAAAGACAGAGUUCAGCUGGUUCAGCCAGAUGUUGAUUGGAAUGUGGCUCUUGAAGACAAAGAUGAUGAUGAUUAUUUACCAAGCCCUGCAUUGUCUCCUGACUAUGUUGUUGAAGCAGAACCACCUGACCAUGACCUUGUUUCUUCUCCGGUUCAUAUCACGAUGUCUCCACCUGUGUGGCCCCAAAUUCGGUCACCAGAACCGUCUGAACAGCUGCCUUGCCCUGUUAAUGAAGAUUUCGUUACAAUGAAGUUAGUCAGUGCAGAUGAAAUGUCAUGGGGGCAGUCUUUGGUAGAUUUUGAUGAUCUCAAUGAAACUGACUUUGCACUUCAACAUGUUGCUAUUCAUGGUGAUCCAACUUUCCCAAGAGAAGUAGGAGCAUCAUCGCCACCACCACCAGACACUCCUGAUAUUGAUAUCAAUGACCUAAAUGAAAUUGAUUGGCCGAAGCAACUGAAUGUUGUACAACAUUCAUCCCCAUCUAGAAAACCAGUUCCAGUGUCUGUUACUUUGCUUCGUAUCAUUGUUAGUGAACCACAAAAGCACGCAAACCAUAUUGACUACAAGGUGGAGUUCAAGUCUUGCUUGCCUUGCUUUCCUUGGGAAGAAUCAGUUGUCAGACGACGUUUACAGGAAUUUGUGUGGUUAAGAAGAAAACUGAAGUCUCCUGGUGUGUAUGUGCCCUUAAUCAAUGGUACCUUGGAGAAAGCAGAUGAAUUGCAAGAUGAGCUACAGUUAUUUCUAAGGCUUGUUUGCUCUGAUCCCAUGCAUCAAUAUGAAGAAUCUCUGCAUCUGUUUCUAAAAUCACCAUUUCCUAUUCCUGAUGCAAUGCUAAUUAAUCAGAUGGAAAUUGUGGAUGCUAAGAGGAAGAAAAGAAGUGAGGGGAAACAAGUGUCAAGAUCAUACAGACCUACAGUGUACUCAACCUGGGUGCACUUUUAUAAUCCAAAGCAAGCCAGGUCUUGUCCAUCACUAACGACAGAAACAUGCAGCAGCAGUCCAAGAGAUCCUACUUUGUCACUGCCACCAAGACUUUAAACAGCAAGGGUAUAGAAAUAAUACGAAGUUCUGUAAUAAAUGUUCUGACAGAGUCAAAGAUUACGUUGUGGGCAACGAAAGUCCUGGAAGUGACCUAACAAUGUCACUUGCCCCACUUACUCAAGUGAAGACAGACAUGCAUGGAUGGAUGGUUGUUUUAGAGGUGGAACUCUCACCAAAUACUAAAACUUGCUGAAAAAAUACAAGGUUUAGUAUCUUUCUGCAGGAAUCUUACUGUCCAGCCAGCCAAAGAAGCAGAGAAAGGGCCACGAGUUGUUCAGAAGAUUCCUCAUAUGUAGCACGA